GGGCCAAUAAACUCUGGAAAAAAAAAAGAAAAGUGACAAGUUGUGAGAAAUGCGUAAUGGAGAGCUGGGCAUUGGUGAGUAGAUUAGGAGGCAUGGCGGCAUAACUAGCAACGAGGUGAUGAUGUAAGGGAAAGACGGCAGGCAUAAUUAGUGUGACGAGGGGAAGGCACUGAGAAUUGAGGGAAGAUGUGGUAGAGUGGAGUAAGACAGACUUCCCAGGUGGUGGCACGAAUGCAUUGCGACGGACAGGUGGGACUCAAGGGUGACACAGGUGGGUGCGUGGCGAGGCGGCGGCAGGCAGGUGGCGUUACGGAGGCAUGGUGAUGGUGGCGGCACGGCGGAGUGGCCAGUGGGUGGUGCGCGGCUUGCGGGGAAGGGCGCUACACCUGCGUCCCGGGUGCCCGACCACGAGUGUUGUGUUUGGGAGACGGCGAGGCCCGCGCGGCGCCUCAGUAUCCACCACAUUACCGCACUGCAAACACUUCAAUAAGGGAACGAAGAGGAGUACGUGUGGAAAAUAAACUAUUCUUUACCCUGACGUGACUGAAUGAAGUAGAUAAACGAAAAAACAGGCUCAUUCCCGUAGAUCUUCAUAAAAUUUUCAGUGAGUAGUGUAAGUGUGGACAAUGGACAAAUAAUGGAAGAGAGAACUAGAGAGCCUCGCUAGAGAGUUCUCGAGUGAUAAACACGCCACUAGACCUCCUCUUUGUCACUCCCUCGGCCUUAAAACAAAGCAGUGUGGAUGUGACAGCGAGAAGCCGGAGAAUUAUGGCAUAAACUUGUCUGUGAGGAUAAUGAGUUAAAAAAAAAUAAGUUGUAGUAAAUCUGAGGACAGGAAACCAUGGCAUAAACUUGAAAAGGAAUAAAUUUAGAAGCAUGGAUUUGUAAAUGUAAGAACAAGAAAUCAUGACAGCAAACGUAGAAAACGUGAAGAAAAUCUGACGAUAAAGCACGAAAAAUAUUAAUGUGAGAGCAAGAAACCAUGAAAGCAAAAGUACAGGUCAGGAAAAAUUAAACAAAACAAACAAACAAAUAAAUGUGAGAAGCAGAAACCAUGACUUAAACCUCCACGUGAAGAGGACUGAAGUAGAAAAUACUAACAUCUUAAUGUGAAAACCUGAAACUAUGACGACAAACUCACAAGUGAAGGAAAAUUAAAGUGAUCAAGUAAUUAUGAGCGACAGAGCAGCGCGCCGCGUGGCCCCUCCCGUCCUGGCCGCUGCUGGUGGCGGGUGACAAGUGGCGGGCCGGGAGCCACUGGGCUAUCUUCAGGGACUUGGGGCACGAGGCAAAGCGGGAAAGGACAGGACGGGACGUUUAGGGGAGCUCAGCCAGAAGAGAGAGGGGGGAAGUGUUGGUGAAAUAUUAAUACAAGAGGCGUGGUGUUGUGAAUAUGGAAUGAAGGAAGGAGUCUGGCUGGGUGACACCAAGUGAAAGAGGAAAAGGGAGAGAGAGGGAGAGAGAUAGGAAGACAUACUGAAGAUCGUGAACUUCGAAAAAAGAAAAAAACGAAUGUGAUUCAACCUGGAAUGUGAAUAAGUUAAGGGACAGUGACAGGGACAUCCAGGGACUCGGGGACGGUGCCUAAGGGUGCAGCUGUCUCAAGAUGGCCCCUGACAUUGAGGGACAGCCAGAACAGCAGCAGCAACAGCAGCAGCAGCAGCAGCAGCAGCAGCAGCAGCAGCAGCAGCAGGCGCGUGGUGGCUCCUUACGUCAGCUCAUUACGAGAAUAUUCAGUGGCAUUCCCUUGUUGGUGCGGCAGCGAAGUCGUGGCGGCGCGGCGGGGGGCUCCAUGUCGGGGCCGGCGAGGGGACGGCGCAGCAGUGUGGCGGGGGGGCCCAGGAGGCAGCUCUCCCGCCGCACGUCACGCAGGGAGUCACGACGGGGGAACAAGAACAGGCGGCGGAGCUCUGUCCAUCCCCCCGUCCACUUGCCUAUCAAGGAAGGGGAGGCGGGGGAGGAGGCCAAAGAGAAGCAGAAGGUGCCCCCCAUGCGAAGACUCUCCCGGAUGCUUUCCAAUGCUGGUCCCGCCCUCGUCCGCCGCGUCUCCAAACUGCGCAGGAAAAGCUUAGCUCCAGAAGCACCUGUCGGAGUGAAGAGAUUGAAGCCCCUCACAGUAUAUGGAAAAGACCGAAAGAAGACGAAUUUCCACACUUAUACCGGAUAUCCUGUGUAGUUAGUAAUUAAAUAGUUGCACAUAAGUUAUAAAGGUGAUGAAAUUGUUCUGUGAGAGUUUUUGUUCGUCUUGACUUUAUGGUGAAGGAAGAUUACAAGUACUAUUUUUCUGUUUUAUUUAUUUACAUUUUUGCUAAACGCUGCAGUUGAACCGGACACAUUUUAAAACAUUCAGAAGGACAGAAGAACACAUGGGAAUUAGUAAAGAAUAAAAGGAAGAACAAAAGUAACAAUAUGGAAGAAAUGAAGGAAAGAAAAUACAAACAAACAAAUAAACAAACAUAUAAGAAUAAUGUGCAUUUCAGAACCCACGCUAAAUCUUUGUUCUCAGCAGUUUUGUAGUAUUUUAAAUAAACAGCAUAAUACCA